GAAUAAAUAUUGAACGAGUGAAUGGUGUUAUUGUCCAUUUUUUCUCGCCAGCCUUCGCUGCCGUGUGGAAGUAGAAAUCCUGCUGUACAUCAUUAUUCCACGUGACAUGUAAAAGAAAGGACGAAUCAGUUUGUAGGUGUAGACGAUGUUUGCCACAAGCAGUCAGCUGAAGCACUGGAUGUUUAAUGAUGAAACUGACAUCCAGUCACUCAGACAUGACACGAACCAGAAGUUUGUGGAGCGGCAUGGUGCCCGAAUGUCGGAGGAGCAGAGACGUGCUCACUUUCUGACUUCAUCCGAGGAGAGACAUCUCUGUCGCCAUUUUGAAUAUGUCCUCAAGGAGUUCUGCAGCAGGUUCCAUCCACCGAUGCCUAAAUAUGUACUGGGAACCGCUCUGUGUUACUUUAAGCGCUUCUACAUUAACUGUUCUGCCAUGGACUACCACCCCAGAGACAUCAUGUUGACCUGUGUGUACUUGGCCAGUAAAGUGGAGGAGUUUAACGUCUCCAUCACCCAGUUUGUGGGGAACCUCAAAGGGGAUCGAGAAAAAUUUGCCAAUACAAUCCUGACAUUUGAACUUUUAUUGAUGGACAAGCUCAACUACCAUUUACUGAUUCACAACCCCUACAGACCCAUGGAGGGUCUAUUUAUAGAUCUAAAGACCAGGUUCAGAGUCCUGGAGAAUCCCGAGAAACUACGAAAAGCGGCGGAGGAAUUUCUGGACAAGUCCCUAAUGACUGAUGUGUGUCUGCUGUUCCCACCUUCACAGGUAGCUUUAACAGCUGUGUUGGUUAGUGCAGCUAAAGAGAAGGCGAACUUAGACAGGUAUGUUGCAGAAACUCUGUUGAAAGGAAUGUCAUCUGAAGAGAUCAAGAAACUACAGCUACAGAUCAAAAAGCUGAGACACAUGGUGAAAUCUCAGGAGCAGAUCUCCAGGGAACAAAUGACACAUCUACAGAGGAAACUGGAUACGUGUCGGAAUCCGGAAAAUAAUCCGGAGAGUGAAGUAUACAAAAGAAAACUUCAAGAUAUGCUGGAGGAAGAUGAUGAAAUUCAAACUAAGAAGAGAAAGAAAAUUAGUGAGGAACAAAGGAGAAGAGAUGAAGAACUGCUCUCUAUGCCAUGACAGUAUUCUAUGGAAACGUAGAGUGAAAGGCAUAGUAGACCUGAUACUUUCAGUUUCACUUUAAGGAUACACCCAAUUGAAAUCGAACGUGUGUGUACUUUGUUUACAUGUGGCUGAUAUCAGACAUGUACUUUUAAUGUUCAGUGAAUGACUGAUGUCUGAGGCUGAUAUCAGACAUGUACUUUUAAUGUUCAGUGAAUGACUGAUGUCUGAGAAGCGACGCAUAAAGACACGAAAAAGUUAGAAGUCAAUUUACAGUUCCUUGUUGUAUUUACUGUUAUACAUUAUACGUUUAACACACAUUACCGUUGUGUACAAAUCUUCACAGUUAUGAAUGGAAAUAGAGAUGUGUGUUUUGGGAGAACUACGAAACAGUGGAAAUAAAAUUUUAAAAAGAUGUCUGAA